UCAACAGAGCAGCGUGGAGCUUGGAAAUGUGGCGCUUUCUGCGAUGGUGCAUUCCAAACUUCGGGUGGAUUUCCCUGACUUCAAAAUCCAUCGACAGCCUGCUGCAGGGUGUGAUCGCGGCAUGUACUGUCUCUAUCCUCAACCGUUUGCUGCGGAUUCACCUCCACAUCCAGGGCUUGAAUGAACCUACCCGAGCUGGGGUCAGAGCUGCAAAAUUGAAUUCCCGGCGACAAAUUCUGGAUUCUCUAUAUUUUUGCAUCCUGACCAUCCUGUUCUCUGUUGUGGGAUACAGAGUAUCUUCUCUGAUGGUACUUGAAUUCUCCCUUCGAAUCAUUUCUACACUGCUUUCCAACAAAGAUGGAACCUUCAGGACACAGAUCUUCCUAUUGUGCCAGUUCUCUGUGGGAUGUGGGAUGACGACCAGCCUGAGCUUCCUGAAUGAUGGGGCUCCUCACUCCACACUAAGCUUGACGCUAAGUACUGGCCUCGCUGGCCUCCUCAUGUGGUAUGUAUGGAAACUGGCAAAGCACAUCAACACAAUGUAUGAAUUGCACAGUGCAGAGCGGUACUGUGGGGUGUGCAUCCUGCUCCUGACCACCUGGCAUCAGAUUCCUAGGCUGCUGUGCAAUGCCUUGAAGGUUGUGUUCAUUGUUGCCGAUACGGCAGCCAUCUUCCUCAUUAACAGCGACUUCAUCACCACAUCCGAGGCAAUAAGAUUUUGGACUCCCCUGACCAUCUGCUACACCCUCCUGGUUAUUUACAUGCAAGAGGAGCAGAAGCAGAAUCCAACUGAGCAGAGUGUCUACCAGACAGUGGCAGUAAGGAUGGGUGGGCUCCUGAUUUUGACCCUGACAAUUGGGAAGUGGAUGGACGUGUUCCACGUUGUCCUAUCACUGGUCGGAGAGCUGUUGUGUUUGCUUCAAGUGGGACAAAUGCGGGAAGCCUGCAGACAACAAGAUUCCUCAGGAGCCAGUCUCGGUAUCACAGCCUUCAGAACCACAGUAAGACCAACCCAGCAAAGUGCACAGCAGAGGUCAAGAGUAUCUGACACGUAAACCAUGGAUGACCAAAAAGACAGCAGCUGAAUGAGGAAUAGACCAAGAUCCUGCACUUAGACCUACUGAUUUAGCAGCCUGGUGCAGCUUGAUCGAUUCUGAGCUUCAGCUCCUUUCAUUUAGUGUUUAUUUGGCUGUUUGUAUACUGUAGAGACUUGGAGAGAGGGGUAAAGGUUGCAGGCAAUCACAUUGGGAAGCUACCUUUCUCUCAAUAUUAGUGUUUGUUGCUAUAUAUAAAUGAAAACUGAGAACAUAACCUCAAAACUUA